AUGCGCCACGUGCCCCCGUACGCCGACGGGCUCCCCCUCGGCGUAGCCUGCGCCACGGCCUCCCAGGCUCCGCCGCGUGGCACUCCUAACACCGGUAUCACGACACUGCAAAGGAUCGGUGCCGGGUUGGCGAUUUCGAUCGUCAUGAUGAUCGUCGCUGCUCUUGUGGAGAUGAAGAGGCUCCGGGUUGCAACAGAGUAUGGUAAAACCGAGGUUACUAUCCCCAUGAGCGUCAUGUGGAUGGUUCCCCAGUACAUGCUGAUCGGGUUUUCCGAGGUGUUUGCGAUCGUGGGCUUGCAGGAGUUCUUCUAUGACCAGGUGCCUGACAGUUUGCGGAGCUUGGGCCUGGCUCUAUUCCUGAGCAUUGUAGGAGCCGGGAACUUCAUCAGUAGCUUCGUUGUGUAUGCCAUUGACAGGGUGACCACAAGCGCCGGAGAAAGCUGGUUCUCCAACAACCUAAACCGAGGGCAUCUUGAUUACUUCUACUGGCUUCUUUCCUUGCUCAGUGCUAUAGGUCUGGCUUCUUAUAUGUACUUUGCACUGGUGUAUGUGCCUAAGAAAAAGGGUCUUUCAGUGCAGUGA